CUGCAGCGAGCCGCCGAGCGAGCCUUGGCGGGGAGCCUCUGUCAGCCCCCGGCGGGUCUGGAGGGUGCCAGCCGCCCCGCGGAGCCAUGCCUGGGGCUGCGGGGCCAGCCUGGGGCUCCCCGGCUCCUUUCCUGCUGCUGCUGCUGCGGUUUCUCCCCGCCCUGGAGGCAGCAGGCUGGAGAGGAGAAAACAACACUGUUGGCCCACAGCUGUACCAGGAAGAAAUAACGCUGCAGUGGAAAGCCACAGGAAGCGUGAAGCACCCAUUCAAAGCCGAAGUCCAGAUGACCGUCGAGGGGAGAGAGCUCAUCCUGGAUGUUGAGAAGAAUGAGCACCUCUUUGCCCCAGGCUACACUGAAACCCACUAUACCCAGACUGGAAGGCCCCACACCAUCACUUUCAACCACACAGACCAUUGCUUCUACCAUGGUGUUGUGCGAGGCCUGGAACAAUCCAGCGUCACACUCAGCACGUGCAAAGGGCUACGUGGUCUUAUAGUACUGAGCAGCAACCUCAGUUACAUCUUGGAGCCGGUCCCCGAUAGCCAGGAUCAACACUUGAUCUACCGAUCAGAACAUUUGAGGCUUCCCAAGGGGACCUGUGGAUAUCUGCACAAAGAGCCCACAACCACACACUUGCUCAACACAUUGACAGGCCGGGCCACAGCACACCAUCACAGGGUGAAGCGGGAGGAUUUGCAGUCUACGAAGUACGUGGAGUUGCUGCUGGUGGCUGAUUAUGCAGAGUUUCAGAAGAAUAACUAUGACCUUCAAAUAACGAAGAAUAAACUAGUGGAGGUUGCUAAUUACGUAGAUAAGUUUUACAAGUCCCUGAACAUUCGGAUUGCCCUGGUGGGGCUGGAGGUCUGGACUGACCGAAAUAAGUGCGAUAUAUCCGAGAAUUCACAUUCCACCCUUUGGUCCUUCCUUGCUUGGAGGCGCAAGCUGCUAGCCCGCAAAAAGCACGACAAUGCCCAGUUAAUCACUGGGAUGUCGUUCCAGGGCACCACAAUCGGCUUAGCUCCACUGAUGGCCAUGUGCUCCGAUUUCCAAUCUGGAGGGGUGAACAUGGAUCACUCCGACAACCCCAUUGGCGUCGCUGCCACCGUGGCCCAUGAGAUGGGCCACAACUUGGGCAUGAGCCACGACUCGGCUGGCUGCUGUGCCGCCCGGGCUGACGACGGAGGCUGCAUCAUGGCUGCCGCCACGGGGCAUCCGUUCCCCAGGGUAUUCAACACGUGCAAUCGGAAGGAGCUGGACAGGUACCUGCAGUCCGGCGGAGGGAUAUGUCUCUCCAACAUGCCAGACCCCAAUACUUUAUACGGAGGGAAGAGGUGCGGAAACGGUUACCUGGAAGAUGGGGAGGAAUGUGACUGCGGAGAAGUGGAGGAGUGCAAUAAUCCCUGCUGCAACGCCAUCGAUUGCUCCCUGAAGCCUGGCGCCGAGUGUGCGCAUGGAACCUGCUGUCACCAGUGCAAGCUGAUGGCUCCAGGAACUCUCUGCAGGGAGACGUCGAGACCCUGUGACCUGCCAGAGCACUGCACUGGCAAGUCAGCAUUCUGCCCCGCCAACUUCUACCAAAUGGACGGCACGCCGUGUGCAGGAAGGAGGGCGUAUUGCUACGUUGGCAUGUGUCUCACGUACGAGCAGCAGUGCGUGGAGCUCUGGGGGCCCGGAGCAAGGCCCGCACCUGACCUGUGCUUUGAGAAGGUUAACGCUGCCGGCGACACCUACGGGAACUGCGGGAAGGAUGUCUACGGCAGAUACAGGAAGUGUGAAACGAGAGACGCGAAAUGCGGGAAGAUACAGUGCCAGAGCUCUGCUUCCAAGCCGCUGGAGUCCAGAGCUGUCUCGAUAGACACCACCAUCACGGUGGAGGGAAGGCCGAUCAAGUGUCGGGGGACCCACGUGUAUGGUGCUGAAGAGAGUGAAGGGGAUAUGCUAGACCCUGGCCUGGUGAUGACGGGAACAAAGUGUGGGAACAAUCAUGUUUGCUUCGAGGGACACUGCAGGAACACAUCCAUCUUUGACUCUGAAGGCUGUCGGAAGAAGUGCCAUGGGCGGGGAGUAUGCAACAGCAACAAGAACUGCCACUGCAACAAUGGAUGGGCGCCCCCGUUUUGCAACAAACCUGGGAACGGAGGCAGCCUGGACAGUGGGCCCUUGCCCCAAGAAAGCCUGGUUCCAGUGAUAGCAGGAGUCCUGGUUUCCAUCUUGCUUUUGAUCGGAAUAGCAGUUGCGUUUUGCUGCUAUAAAUGGAGGGACAGACUCAGGCCUCUAAAAGAGACCAUCAUCCCUUCAAAGAGGAGCCAACAGUUUGGCAGUGCCUCUGCUCCAGAUCAGUAUGGUGUAAACGGCCAUGCAAAUCCAGCCUUCAAGCUGAAAACCCCACAGGAACACAGAAAGGCUACCUCCACCCCAGAAAUCCCAUCGAAACCUGCUGUGCUUCACCCCAAACCUGCCCCAGAUCUCAAAACUAAUAUACAGCAACCACGUGCUUUCCCAGCUGGCCACAGCAACGACACCAGGAAAUCCCCUGGUCUGGUAUAUCAGAUAGAUGGGAUUCCGAAGGACACUGCGAGACGAAUUCCUCCAACCAGGCCAGCACCCCGUGCUCCAAAACUCAUAGUCCCACAGGACGCUGCUAGACCCCGCCCCCCACAGAAAGCUUUGCCGGCUAACCCCGUCCCUACUGGACCCAGGACUGUGCCAAAGAUGAACACCACAACGCUACCGCCACCUGCUGCUGGAAGGCGCCCAGGACGACACCCACCACCGGCGGAGAAUUCAACAGUGAAGCUAGCCGGAGGAGCGGACCCCUUGAAAAAAUGAUGGCCAGGCCCUCUGUGCCGCAGGGCUGGGGUCAUCCAGCCAAACAGGGAUUCUUUCCGUAUCGACUCAGGAUCUCACCAGGAACUGGAUGUCUUUGUCACCAGGAAGCAGAUACACAGGUCAUGUUCAGAGCUUGAUCUCCUCUCCCCUGGUCCCAUGUUCCCACCUGGCUCACUGGGCCACAUCCGGCCCUGCACAAAUGGAUGUCGCUAUCAUAGAAUCCUAGAAUAUCAGGGUUGGAAGGGACCUCAGGAGGUCAUCUAGUCCAACCCCCUGCUCAAAGCAGGACCAAUUCCCAACUAAAUCACAGUCCUAGUGUAGGCAGAUGCAACACCUAGUGACACCAGUGGGAAUUGCAUCAGUAUAUGCCAAGACUGAAUUUGGCCCACUGUGCCUUUGGCUUCCUGCAAUACAGGAGUUACUUGAUUAAAAUGGCAGUGACAUAUUAUUGUGCAAUGUAUAAUGCAGAAGAGGGGGGCUGGGGAGAGAGAGUGCUCCAUAUUUUAAAAAAUAUGACCUCACCCACCUAGUGUCUCUAAUAUCCUGGGACUGAGAUGGCUACACCGACACGCUAUAUUUCAUCAGUACGUUAGUGCUCCGGUGCUCAGUGAUCUGAAUUUGUCAGCUGCUGGACUUGACAGGCGGUGCUCUAAGGAUCACACCACUCUGCUUCCCUUGGUCUGUCCAGAGCAGGCACAGCUACAGAGCUAUCAAAGGCUUCAGUCCGUUCUGUUUCCCUGGGCAUUGACUGACUGGCCAGCAGCGGGGAAGGAAACAGUGGAAAAUAUGCCAUGCUGAAGUAACCUGGGCUGGAAACCUCCUCCCAACCAGACCAUCCCUAGCAAGACCCUUUCCAUCACGGCCAGUCGGUUGUAUUGCAUUAACCGCUUGAUUCCUCUGUCUUGUCUUGUUGAUGUAAGUGUAAGAUCUAGUGGCAUUUCCAGCUUGGUUUAUGUGCCCUUAUCAGUGUCGUUUGGACUUAGACUAGGUACUACAGAAAAACUCUCUAAAGAAAAUACAGGGUGAACAGUCAAAUGGAGUUAAAAUGAAGUCUGGCUGGUGGCACCUUCCUGCCAUAAUGCGGUACCACAGUUAACCAGACCCGUACACUUUCUGUAUAUAGCCCAUCAGCCUCCAUUCUGUGUUGAGCAAUACAGAGCAACACUGGGUACCUGGUCACCAGACUAACAAGAAACGUAACUUUAGAGCUUCCCAGUUGGGAGAGCAAUGGAAGAUUUCUAUGACACAUGGUGCUUUUGUUGGACAGCUGAUUGAAUCCAAACUCUCCUCUAAAUGGACCUCGUGGAGGCAGUUGUCCAUGUGCACUUUAAACUGAAGGUCCUAAUCCUAGGGCCUUAACAUUGUGAAUUUGUUGGGUUUUUUUAACUGAUUUAGGUUCCCACACAUUUUAUCUCAAGAUUUUAGAUUUGGGACAUUUUGUUCCCCCAGCAAUUUUUCCGUUUUCCUUGAAAUUACUUCAUGUGUGAGCAUCAGCAAUUCUGGAGCUAGAGACACAGAAGCUGUCAUAUCCGACUUAUUAUGACUAGAAGUCUUCAAGUCGAAUAGUCCAAGCUGCACAGUGUAAGAAAUCCUACGGUUUGCAAAAACCUGUUCUGGGUUGUGAUUCCAUUAUUGCUACCUGACCAUGAAGAAAUACCUCUGAACAUUCACAUUAGGUUUGGCUGGCAUCUAAAGAUGGACCGAGCCAUUUUUUGCAACAUUAGCAUUUCUUCCUCCUCAAGGUUCUAUAAGUAAACAAGGGCACUUUGUUCCCAUCCAGCUGUCUACUCAUUGCAAUGGUUAGUUUGGACCCUCUGCCGAGAUUUUCAUACUCCUUAAAAACCAACCAAUAAUGCCCCCCAAAUGGGGCUGUAAGUGACUCUCGCUACCCUUGAAAUGUUUUUCUCCACACCUGCUCCUGAUUACUGUCCACUGGCAUCAGUGCUUCAAUGCAAAGCAGCCAUUUGCAGUUUGACAAAAUCAAAGUAUUUUUAUAGGCCCUUCUUUAAUUGGAUAGUUUCCUUGCAAAAGACCCUGAAAGAAGGGUGAUAAAAAGGGAAUCGCACCAGCAGCCAGUUAUUUCUCAGAGGGUUUUUUUAUCUUCCAGUGAUUGUAACGGCCACCUUAGCUGGCUUUUCACCACUCUGUUUGUUUAUUGUUAUGAAUCAUAUUUAUUACGACAGUGCCAAGGCCCCAACCCCGAAUGAGCCCCCAUUGUGCAAGGAGUGGUAGACAGUCCCUGCCCCAAAGAGCUCACAGACUAGAUGGACACAGGGUGGGGGGAAAGGACACAUCAUGCAUUUAGGCCUCAAUCCCUAUCAGCACCAGAUGCACAUUUUGAACAUAGCUCGACAUCUUAUUAAAACUACACACACCCUUAUUCACUCCUGCAGACAGCGAACCCUCAGCUACAGCCUCUGGUUCUGAUCCGGGCCCACUGAAAUCCUUAGGAUACUUUCCAUUGCCUUCAAUGGGUGGGGGAUAGAGCCAGGGAACACAGAGCUCAGAAAACAACUGGACAUGCCCUGAAGCCUGAAGUUCUGGGAUAUUGUAAAGCCUCCAAAAGGGAACGCUCAGUAAAUCACGUUACAUUUCCGCGUGUGUGAGCUGAGUGAAUGAAGGUGGGGGAGAAACGAAAAUGUGAUUUUUUUUUUAAUUUUAUUUGGGAGAACAUAUACAAACUAUGUGUCACUUUCUCUUCGGUCCAUGUAUUGUUUACAAUAAUGCUCUCUCUGCACCUAUGCAAAUACUUGAAUAAUGCAAUUCAUUGUGCCUUUUGCCUAGUUUCUAUUGAAUAAAUUUGUUGUCAAUUGUCAUUGA